UUGAAGUAAAUCGCCAUCAGCUGCUUUCAGAUGGAGCAGCAUUUAUUACACAGACCCGUAGUUCACCGAGAAGCUAAGCAAAAUCGCCUAGAUAAUCGGAGUCGAUUUUCCUCGAUUAUGAACCCGAUUUCGUCAUCUGUGUCAAUGCAGUCAUGUGACUUAAGGCCGGGAUACACUGCACGAUAAUUGGCUGUCCCAGACGAAAGAUUGCCAUCGUGAAACUCUCGUCGCGAUUUCUGUGAUCGUGGCUCUCCAUUGGUGGUCCUAUGUCAUACAGUGAGAGAGGCUCAAAGAUGGCCGUUUUCCCGGUCUUGCGUCCAAAGAUAGCCUACGAUAGUUUUCUGGCAGUGUCAGAAAUUCGGCAUGAUCACCGCACAGUGUGUUUGCUGCUACGACCUGCUCGCCGGUAUUUGUUUACCACGAGCGCAUGCUGGUGACGUUGUGCAACGUGUGACGCAGCCGCCGAAGCUUCCGUGUCCUCAUCGUACAGUCUACACGCCUCUCGUACCCGAGUUUAAACGAUACAUGUCGCACAGUGUGAUAAGGUAAUGAUCUUAUAAGAGGACAAAAAUCGUGCAGUGUAUUCCGGGCUUUAAGUCUCGCGCAUGCGCUUCACAAUAGACGUGGAAGAGAAGACAAUGCUAUAUAAAGUCGUAAUUUUAGUUAUUUUUCGACCAAAAUGUAUUUUUGAUGCUUCAACACAUUCUAACUGACCCACUGAUGUCACAUGGACUACUUUGAUGAUGUUUUUAUUACCUUUCUGCAGUAAACCGUACAUAGAUUUUCAAUGGAGGGUAGGAAAGCUCUCAGACUAUACAAAACAUCUUAAACUGUGUUCUGAAGAUGAACGGAGGUCUUACAAGUGUGGAACGACAUGAGGACGUGAAGAGUGAAUCAUGUUGUGAUGGAGAAAUAACGUCCUCAACAUCAGAAGAGCGACUGACAGCACAAACUCAAGAGAAGAAACUUCAUUCAGAAGAGCAAAGAGAGACGAAGAAGAAGCCAUUUAACUGUGAGCAAUGUGGGAAGGAUUUUGAUUUCUUAUUUCAGCUGAAAGGCCACAUGAAGGGACACAGUGGUGAAAAACCUUUUUACUGCACUCAAUGUGGCAAAUACUACAGCAGCAAAAAAACUCUUGAUGUUCAUCAGAGACUUCACAAAGAAGAGAAACUGUAUGAGUGUCCUCACUGUGAGAAGAGAUUCAACUACCAAUACAUUUUAAAGAAACAUGUGCGUUUACACACCAAUGAGAGACCGUAUCAGUGCAGUCAAUGUGGAAAAACCUUCACGCAGUCAUGCUCUUUAAAGUCACACGAAAAAACACACUCUCAAGAGAGACUCUAUCCAUGUUCAUACUGUGAUAAACGUUUUAGGUUUAAAUCUCAUCUGAUAAUCCAUGAGAGAGUUCACACAGGAGAGAAACCUUACAUCUGCAGUGUUUGUAAGAAGGGUUUCAAUCAGCGUCAAAGUUUAGUGAGACACCAGAGAACUCAUACAGGUGAAAAACCUUACAAAUGCUCUCAGUGUGACAAGACGUUUACUCAAUCAAACUACUUAAAAAUCCAUGAGAGACUUCAUUCUGGAGAAAAACCUUACGUCUGCUCUUACUGUGGUUAUAGGUUCUCUGAACUAUGUAAUUUGAGAGUUCAUCAGAGACUUCACACUGGAAAGAAGAAACUUCAUCACUGCAGUGUUUGUGGGAAGAGUUUUAAUCGGCGUCAAAGUUUAGUGAGACACCAGAGAACUCAUACAGGUGAAAAACCUUACAAAUGCUCUCAGUGUGAAAAGACAUUUACUUGGUUGAGUUCCUUAAAAAGCCAUGAGAGACUUCAUUCUUCAUCUUCUCUGUUCAAUCUCAUUUCAUAGUUUAUUAAAGAGUUCACACGGGAGAGAAACUUUACCUGUGCAGUGUUUGUGAGAAGAGUUUUAAAGGAGUCGAAUGACUCGAUUUCAGGUUUUCCUUUGUUUUCAGAAUGUUAAGAUUUCUGUGCAUAAAGAAGAUCUAUAAAGUUGCACAAGUUAAAGUUUUUAAACCCAAAAAGAUCUUUUUAAAAGUGAAGCCUCACCAACACCUUUAUAAGCGGCUUAUUCAAACACACCCCUGCAGUUGGACGUCAUACUAAAGUUUGCAUAACACCGCCCUAAUGUAUACGCAAAGAUAGAGGCUGUAACCUUCAUUCACACUGUAGUAUUGUUGUUAGGUCCGGUUCUAGAUAUUUGGAGCCCCCCCACACCCCUCUAAUUUUCAGAAUAAUCUGAGAAGUGUUUUUGUACCCUGUAAGAAAUCAUUUAAGCACUACAGUGAUUAAACAUGUUUUCCCCAUUACUUUUCUGUUUUAUCAAGUCAACAAAUUAAAUGUAUGUAAAAAUUUGAUUAGAAAUUAUGCAUGACUACAUGUGUUAAACAUUUUAAGGCAGGUCAAAGUUGUUGUUGUGGAUCCAGUAAUUUAUUUAAAACACCACCUUUUUGGGAUAA